AUGCUUCGCUUCAUUGCUGUGGUGACGCCUUGGGUGCUGACCUUCGGUGCUCGACCCAUGAUGUCCCACGAGAAACUUCCAGGCAAGUUGAGCAUUUGCACAUGUCCACAGAUGCCUUGGAAGGAGCAGCUGAAGACGCCUUGCUGCCAACCCGGCCUUGUGUGUGAACCUGAAGGGGACAAGGGCCAUUGCAGAAAUGCCCUCGGAGAUCCCUGCAAAAAGACCAUCGGCGGCACCAUGUGCGCGAGCAAGAUCUACUUGGAAGAUCGCAAGACGACAUGCAAAAAGAACUGGGAGGGCAAGGGCAACUACUGUUGCCUGAAGAGUGGGAGCAAGCCCCUUCUCAAAGAUGACAACGUGCACUACGAUUCAGAGAAGUGCUGCAGCAAGAAGGUGAAAGGUGACCCAGACGAUUCCAGCACGCAUACAUGCGACUGA